UAAAAGAAAGAAAUUAUAGUGAGUAGUUAGCGAAGUGUCUUCGUAACUUUUUUUGGUAAGACACUUCGCUAACUACAAGUUGGUCACUACUCUCUCACUAAUUAAUUACUAGUACUUGUAUAUCCGUUUGUGUGUGGGAGACAUCAAUCCAUCAAGAUUUUGAGCAACAAAUUGAAAUGGCUGAAAAUUGGAAGAAAACAGCUCUCAUUGUCAUAGGAAUGCAAAAAGAUUUCGCAAUACCCGGGGCUCCGUUUUUGAUCGAUGGAGCUCCAGCAAUUCUUCCAAAUGUCAAAAAAGCUGUGGAAGUUGCAAGAGAGCGUGGCAUUCUUGUAGUUUGGGCUCAACGGGAGCAUGAUGCAUCAGGGAGGGAUGUCGAAUUCUUCAAAAGGCACUUGUACAGAAGUGAGAAAGGGGGUUCUGCUAUAAAGGGAAGUGAAGGUGCUGAGCUUGUUGAAGGAUUUGAGAUACUUGAAGGAGAUUAUAAGUUGGUUAAGACGCGAAUGAGUGCAUUCUUUAAUACACACCUUCAUUCAGUCCUGCUAGCUUCUGAAAUUGAUAGCUUGGUCAUUGUUGGAAUUCAAACUCCUAAUUGCAUCCGGCAAACAGUCUAUGAUGCAGUAGCAUUGGACUACCCUUCUGUCUCCGUCAUUGUUGAUGCCACAGCUGCCAAAACUCCUGAGAUUCAUGCUGCCAACAUUUCUGACAUGAAAAAUAUUGGGGUAGCCACUCCAACCAUAAGCGAAUGGUGCAAGGCAAAUUGAUGAUUCGAUGGCGCAAGUUUGGAGCUUGAAGAAGUUUAUAAAUAUAACGUGAUGUUGCGCUCUGAUACACACCAUUCUAUCUGGCGCUAUAGUCUAUAUACAUGCUUGCUGAGUUGCUGGUGAGUGAGCCCUGAGAGAAGACAACCCCAAAAAUAAAGGUGUGCAAGUUUAAAUAAAAUAAACUUGUUUGUUGGUGCCCAAGUUAUUAUCAUUGUAAAAGUGGAUGUUUGUACCAGUUAUUUUCAUUAUACUUUGUCAAAUGAUGAUUAGUGUUGCUAAUAAUUCAUUGAAGAAGGCCAUGUAUCAAGUAUCAACAAGAAGGAUCUUCGAUGAAGCUCAUAACGGUUUGGCCCCUUUGUAUUUGAAUGUAUGAAAUGGAGAAUUUCUUGCACAUGGACGUAUAUGUUAUGAUGUAAUUGUUUAGGGACGCCUAUUUUUAAUAUAAAGAGCAAUUGUUUAGGGA